AUGGAAUCUUUAUCAAAGCAAGAAUUAAUUUCGACAAUUACAAAACAAGCAGAUCAAAUAAAACGAUACGAGGCCAGACUAAGAGAUGUUGUUACUGCCUAUAAGGGACUUGUCAAAGAGAAAGAGGCUUUGGAAAUCAGUUUGAAGGCUCUAAGUAAAGGAGAAACUGAAAGUGAAGAAGGUUCAAAAGAUUCUGUGGCUACUCUUACGCAAUCACUUGCUACACUGACAGCAGAAAAAUCUCGAAUGGAAGAGGCUUUUCAAGCGGACAAGAAAGUUACUAGGGAAAAGUAUGAGAACAUGCUGGCAGCGAUGAGGGAAGAGACAAAAACAUUAGUUCAACAGCAUUUAGUGGAAGUUAGUAAUUUGAAAGCAAAAAUAUCUUAUGAAAUACAGGAGAGGGAGAAAGAGAGAGCUGAUCAUGCUGCUAUGAUGAAAGAGCUACACGUGAAGUUGACAUCUGAGAGGAAAACAAAAGAGAAACUGGAGGACAAAAUUGUGCACUCUACAGAAUCACAAGUAUCCCAAGCGGAAUUGGAGAAACGAGUGCGUGAUCUGAGCAGCUCUCUCGAGGCUUCACAGAGAAGGCUACAGCGUGCCGAAGCCCGAACAGUGGAGACCCCUGCGUUACUUGUUCGCUUGCAACAGAAGCUGGCUUUGCUGGAACAAUCUCACUCUAUUGCUAUUAGAGAGGAGCAAAUAAAAGCAAAACGUGCAGAGGAAUCUGCUCGCAAAAUAUGCGCUCGCCAAGAAGAGAGGGUGGCUCUGCUAGAAGGAAAGUUAGCCGAACUGUCUCAGACUAUAGGCGAAUACGAUUUGCGAAGGAGGAGAGACCAGCAGACCAUACAGCAGUUGAAGGAGUCUCUCAAUGGCAGUCUUCUGGAUAAGAUAGCGAGCAAACGCGACGAAACCCAACAGAGGAGCGAGACAGACAACGAAAAGUUAGCCGACAGUGAAUACCUGCAAACGUUAAUAGACAAAAUACAUAUCCUUAAAAAGGAGCUUAUAGCGGAAAACGAGAAGCUUGGCAACCCCAUAGACAUAGCAACUGUUUUCACAGUAGACGGCUACGACAACAUUCACGACAAAUGUAGACAGGAAUUGGAAAAUUUGAAAAUGGAAUUCGACAGUUACAAAGCGCAGAACAUGAAACGUGAUAAAGAAGAUGAAGUCGGCGAAGUGGAUGAUUUGAGGGUCGAGAUAACUGUGCUGAAGGAGAAAGUGGAGACUUACAGACUGAUGCUGGAAGAAGAGAAACAGGAUAAAGAGGAUACACUCAAGCUUUACGAAGAGAAACUGAAAAACGAACGGGACUACCACAAGGAGGUGACCUCGGACCUCAAGACUAGGGUUCUUGGACUAGAGAAGCAAGUGCAAACACAGAGGGACAGAUAUGCGACACUACUGGAGGAAACCGACAACUACAUACGCUCCAGGAACGAAAGGUCGCGGAAAGUUAGCACCGAGGAGGGUGUUUUGAAGGAGGGACACGGGAUAUUAACUGACGGGUCGGCACCGCCGCAUAUGCUGCAUUAUGCGCACGAGUUGUCCAGAAAGGACCUAGACAUUACGCAGCUCAGGAAAGAGAAACAUAUAUUGGAGGGACAUUAUAGAGAUUGUCAGCGUGAGGCGACCAUAGAGAAAGAGCGCUUCAAGGAAGUGAUAAGAACAUUAAAGGAGGAGAUUGACAGGCUAAGACGCAUUCAAUCUCGGGAAGGCGCGAAUCUUGAAUACCUGAAGAACGUAGUGAUGGCCUACCUCAUGUCGACGGACUAUGCGGGAAGGAAGCACAUGUUGAACGCUAUCGCAGCUGUCCUGCACUUCACUACUAGCGAGAGGAACUUGGUCCUUUCAACACUAUGA